GCCAACCUCAAAAUAGAAUACAUGCAAUAACAGACAAAGAAGCAAAAAGACAAAAGUUUCCAGAGAGGCUGAGCCUAGGGCCGGGGUGUGCCCUGCAGCUGGGGGGUGGGGUUGGAUGUUCUUGGAGUCUGUGUACAGUGUCCGGACAGGAUAUGAGAGAGGAACUGGGGUCUCCAGUCACGAGAGCCAGCCAGGGCUGCAGCUGAGAAGGAUCAAGGCUGCGGUCACCCUCUCAGCAUGGAGGUGCCCUGGCCUCAACCCUGGGCACUCGGUCUCCUGCUGGCCUUCCUGCCUCGAGCGUGGGGCGCAGAGACCAAUCUCUCCCUGCUGUACCACCUCACAGCCGUGUCCUCCCCUGCCCCGGGGACUCCUGCCUUCUGGGCUUCAGGCUGGCUGGGUCCCCAGCAGUAUCUGACUUAUAGCAACCUGCGGCCUGUGGCUGAGCCCUGUGGGGCUUGGAUCUGGGAAAACCAGGUGGCAUGGUACUGGGAGAAAGAGACCACAGACCUGAAGAGCAAGGAGAAUCUCUUUCAGGAGGCUCUCAAAGUCCUGAAAGGAGAAGGUCCCUACACCCUGCAGGGCCUGCUGGGUUGUGAACUGGGCCCUGACAACACCUCGGUGCCCACGGCCACAUUCGCUCUGAAUGGUGAGGAGUUCAUGCAGUUCGACCCCACAAGUGGCAACUGGACUGGGGAGUGGCCAGAGUCCUUGACUGUCAGUGAGCUGUGGAUGCAGCAGGCAGCAACGGUGAAUAAGGAGAAGACUUUCCUGCUCUACUCCUGCCCACAGCGACUGAUGGGGCACCUGGAGCGAGGCCGUGGGAACUUGGAGUGGAAGGAGCCACCCUCCAUGCGCCUGAAGGCCCGGCCCAGCAGCCCCGGCUUUUCCACGCUCACCUGUAGUGCGUUCUCCUUCUACCCACCGGAGGUGCAACUUCGCUUCCUAAGGAACGGGCUGGCAGCUGGCACCGGAGAGGGCGGCCUGGGCCCCAAUGGCGAUGGCUCCUUCCACGCCUGGUCAUCGCUGGAAGUUAAAAGUGGUGACGAGCACCACUAUCGCUGCCUUGUGCAGCACGGGGGGCUGGCACAGCCCCUCACUGUGGAGCUGGUCUGUCUUGUGCCUACUGAAGCCAGUUCUCCUCACUCCUGACUGCCUUCUAUUUUGCUGCUCCUGGCCUCCUGGACUCUGACCACCGGUUCACCAUGGUGGUCAGUCCUCUUGAGUCUGACCAUCUUCCAUCUUGCUGCUGCCAGUCUUCAUGAAGUCUGACAUUUAUUUUCUGCCAUUGUCAAUCCUCACCAAAGCUAAGCAAGUACUGCCUUGCUACUGCUGUCCUCCAAGAGACUAGCCCACUGCUAUGCGUGCCCCUCCCUCCUGAGUUGGAGCCCUGCCACCCGCUGCUGAUGGUCCCUUGCUUGGGUGACUGGGCACUCUCUCACUAUGCCAGGUUCUUGCAUCCAACCUGGGGACAUUCUGCCCAGAUGCAGGGCAUCACCUGAUUGGCUCUUUCUGCCCUUGAUGCUGGGGGAUCUCUGAGGUUGGGAGGGACCAGUUAGCCCCCUCCCGCCCCCAUU